CACAGGAGAUUGAUAAUUCUGUUAAUCUGGAAGAUCCAAUUCCUUCCGAUGCCACGAUAACUGAUCAAUCCACCUCAGUUACCGACAUCCCGUCUGCAUCUGGUACCGACGUCACUAGGAUGUUGGAGUUCCCCGAAAUUUUGAAUGGAACCCUUAACCAAGGACAACAGCUUCACGAGGAGGACAUGAAGUCACCCGAGGAUACAGAUCCAAGGAUGCCAUUCAAAGACAAGAGUCACCACAUUCGGGCGGAACCCGUUGAGGAUGCUGAGGUUAUUCAUGUGGAUGAACUAACUCAAGACAAAUCAGUGCGUAUUGGAGCUAAUCUUCAAGAACCAAUGCGCUCUCACCUAAUUCAAUUCCUUCGAUCAAAUUCCGAUGUAUUUGCUUGGAAGCAUAAAGACAUGAAGGGAAUAGACCCGCAAAAAGCAUGUCAUCGGCUGAAUUUGGAUAAGACUGUCAAGCCCGUCAUACAAAAACGCCGAAAAUUCGGACCAGAUCGUCAGAAAGCGUUGGAAGAAGAAGUGAACAAACUCAUAGACAAUAAGUUUGUUAAAGAAGCCAAAUACCCGACGUGGAUAUCAAAUCCUGUUUUGGUCAAGAAAAGUAGUGGCCUGUGGCGCCUAUGCAUCGACUUCUCGGUUCUGAACCAAGCAUGUCCGAAAGAUAGUUAUCCAAUUCCACACAUCGAUUACAUGGUAGACGCCACAGCGGGACAUCAGCUUAUGAGUUUUUUGGACGCUUAUUCCGGCUAUAAUCAAAUUCCCAUGCACCCCGAUGAUGCUGAACACCCUUCGUUUUAUUCGGCCCGAGGUCUUUACUGCUACGUCAGGAUGACUUUUGGACUGAAGAAUGCUGGGGCCACAUAUCAGAGGCUGGUCAAAAAAAUGUUCGCUCAUUUGAUCGGACGUACAAUGGAAGUUUACGUAGACGACAUGUUGGUGAAAUCGGAACAAGCUCCUGAUCAUAUCGCUCAUCUUUCUGAAGUCUUUGACAUUCUCCGAGAAUAUUCAAUGGUACUUAACCCUAAAAAGUUCACCUUCGGGGUUGGAUCAGGAAAAUUUUUAGGAUACAUGGUGAGCCAAAGGGGGAUCGAAGCUAAUCCCGUCAAGAUUCAGGCCAUACUUGAUUUGACUCCUCCGACGUCCAUUAAAGGUGUUCAAGAUUUAACUGGUCGACUAGCAGCUCUGAAUCGAUUCAUUUCAAAAUCGAAAGAUCAUUGCAAGCCUUUCUUUGAUGCAAUCAGGAAGAAAAAGCCGUUUGAAUGGACCAUUGAGCGUCAAAAUGCUUUUGAUAACAUUAAAGAAGUUCUUUCACAUCUUCCGACGUUGCAGAAACCUCUUCCCGAUGAACCUUUAUAUUUAUAUUUGGGAGUAAGUGAUGCUGCUGUUAGUGCUAUUCUCAUACGGCAAGAUGGACUCCAACAGUUUCCGAUAUAUUAUGUUAGCAAGGCCUUACAUGAUGCUGAAUUGCGAUACCCGUACAUGGAGAAACUAGCCUUCGCUCUAACUAUUUCUGCAUAUAAGUUACGACAUUAUUUUUUGGAACAUUCUAUCAUCGUGUUUACGUCAUAUCCUCUUCGACAAAUCCUUCACCGACCAGAUACGUCGGGUAGAAUGAUCAAGUGGGCUAUAGAACUCGGACAGUUUGACAUCCAGUAUCGACCACAAACU